GGGAAGCCUAGGGCGGCCGUUCCCACCUCCAGAUUUCCGGUUCCGGUCUCGGUAGCGUCUUUGGCCGCCGUCGCUAUGGAGGAGCCCGAGAUGCAAGUCAAAGGGAAGAAAGUCACAGACAAGUUCACUGAGAGUGUUUACGUGCUAGCCAACGAGCCGUCCGUGGCGCUAUACCGACUGCAGGAGCACGUGCGCCGCUCCCUGCCCGAGCUGGCCCAACACAAGGCGGACAUGCAGCGGUGGGAGGAGCAGAGCCAGGGGGCCAUCUACACAGUGGAGUACGCCUGCAGUGCUGUGAAGAACCUCGUGGACAGCAGCGUCUACUUCCGCAGCGUUGAGGGGCUGCUCAGACAGGCCAUCAGCAUCCGGGACCACAUGAAUGCCUCUGCUGCCCAGGGCCACAGCCCUGAAGAGCCGCCCCCACUCUCCUCGGCCUGAUUCCAGA